UGCUCUUCUUUACCAGCAGGAAGAGAGUUUGCCACAUCAUUCAUGCAAAACCUUGGUGGUGAUGGUAAGGAUGAUCGUAUCUCUGUUGAAGUCGCAGCUCUGUCUUCUUCCCAAGGCCUCACCAAAGUGAAGGUGACAGCCGAGGGUGAGGUCAACCUGGAGGAAAUUAAGCCCGGCAUGAGCUUCUCCUUCAAGCCUCCUAUCAUCGUAGAGAUGAAGGGCAGCAAAAAGUUCAAUCAGACUGUGCUGAUUGAGGCGAGCCAAGAUGUCAGUGUGACGUCACUCAACUUCAAGCAGUACACAGCAGACACCUCUGUGGUUACCCAGUAAAGGACUGGGGGACUGAGUACUACAUAUUGAACCCUACCGGCGACAAGAAUAAGGGCAUUAAAGAAUUUUCCAUCACCAACCACAAGGAGCCCAACACAGUUGAGAUUUCCCUGCAGCGCUCAGUUAGGUUCCUUGGGAAAUAUUACAAGAGAGGAAGCACGAUGACCAUUAAGCUCGAGGCAUUUCAGGCUUUUCAGAUUCAGACUGGGGAAAACCUGAGUGGCACGAAAGUAGUCUUGCGUCUUCCUGUUGCCGUCUCCUCGGGACAUAGCUGCGUUCAGAAAUUCACCUCCUGCAACCACGUCAACGAGCAACUUCUUCCUGUGUACAGCUGGGGGAAGGAAUUCUUCAUCGCACCCCUGCCUUAUCACAACAUGUUUACCAGUCCAUAUGACAGCGUUUACAUCCAAGCAUCCGAGCCCACCAAAAUUAGCUAUUAAUGGAAGAGUCCAGUAUUAUGCAAUGCAUGCAGGAGAAACUCAUGAGAUUAAAUCAUAUUGGCCAAAUGCUAUAUAUCUGACAUCGGACAAGGGUGUCCAGGUCCUAUUUGAAUUCAACGGGGGUCCUAUUGACUUCUUAGAUUAUGCUUAUCCCAUCCUGAUGACUAUACUGCCCACAAUUCAUUUAAGCACUUCCUACGCCCUGGAGGGACAGGGUGGUUUUACAACACAAUCAUAGCUGUGGCACGAAACAAACCUGGCAGACAUCAAAAUUUAUCCCAAGCCCAAGUCUGAAAACUUUGACUGGCAUAAAGUCGAUGGGACGGAUUUCUCCUGGGCUAAGAUGCAAUAUAGCACUGGGGUAACCUUCGAUCAGAUAUCUCACCCCAGCUCCCCCUUUAGUGUCUACAGUUCAGGUGUUGCUUCUUCUAAUGGGCAUGGAUCCCCAGCAUCUGGCGAAACAGCAGAGAAACGUGACUGCAGCACUAUGAAGUGUCCUGAAGACGGAGUGUGCAAGAUGAGCAGAAACUCCCCAACUUGUGUCAAAAAACCACCUGCUGUCAAAGCAGGUACCAUCUUGGCCAUGAGUGAUCCUCACUAUCGCACCUUCGAUGGCUCGUACUACAACUUCAUGGGCAACUGCACCUACACAAAGGUCAAGAACUGCCAUGCUGGGGAAAACCUUCCCGCUUUUGAGGUUGAUGCGCAGAAUACCAAACGUACCGGUUCAGAGGUCACGUUCAUCUGCAAAGUGAUCAUUAAGGUCCAUGGUUACACUUUGGCUAUCGUGCGAUCGGAGUUUGGCCUUGUCAAGGUGGAUGACAUCUUGACAAACAUUCCAUUUAACCUCAAUGAUGGACAAGUGAAAGUCUUCCAAGAAGGCUUUGCCUAUGCUAUCGUGGCAGACUUUGGCCUGAAAGUGACCUACGACAUGGUCUACAAAAUUGAAGUCGUUAUACCUGCAAACCUCAUAAACAAAACCUGUGGUCUGUGCGGCAGUUAUGAGAACAAGACCAAUUAG